GUAUUUCACUUUCCGGUCCCGCUCACUCCAUCCAGCCAUCCAUUCUUCGUUUCCUCUCUACCACUCUACCUCCCUCCCUCCCCUCCCUCCCCCAUCCCCAUCAAUUGAUGACACCCCCCCGUGCCAUCAUCGGAUUCCCCUCCAUCCGGUCCCUUCCUCCAUCUGGCCUACGGUAUUGGUCCUAUUGGAGUCCCUCACCAUGCGGUGGCGGCUGCCUGGCGCCCGGUCGACCCUCCCUGCCAGUGUCGCCCUACUCCUGCUCCCCGUUCUUGUUACUCCGCAGCAGUGGCAUGAACGGCAGCAUGACCUCGCUUCCACCGUUUCCGUUCCGCUCCGACCGACCGGUUUCACUUCCGGCAUCGAUUCCCCUCCCUCCUUCAACGUGAAAUCCAACGAUGCGAGCGCCCUAGCAACCCUGGCUCUGGCGGGCUCUGGCCGCGCCGUUCGAGCCCCUCCUGCCCAGGUCAGCAGCUCUUCUGCUGGCCUGGAUCCGCAGCUGCACGCGCGGUCCUUGCAGGAUUGGGAGGUUGAGGACUUUGUCCUGCUGGCGACCGUCGAUGGUUCCAUUCACGCACGCGACCGCAAGACCGGCACGGCCCUUUGGGCCCUCGAGGUCCCGAGCAGCCCCAUGGUUGAGAGCAUCUACCAUCGGGCCAAUCGCUCCAGUUUCGACCGUACACAACCAGAGGAUGACUUUAUCUGGAUCGUCGAGCCGAGCCAGGGGGGAAGCCUCUACAUCUACAGCUCCGGGCCGGAUACCGGCCUCCAAAAAUUGGGAUUGACAGUGAAGGAGUUGGUCGACGAAACGCCGUACUCAGGAAAUGACCCCGCCGUGACUUACACCGCUCGAAAAGAGACGACCCUUUAUACCAUCGAUGCUCGCACAGGAACCAUCCUACGGGUGUUCAGCUCCAGGGGUCCCAUCCCCUCAGGCCCAGAGUGUCGAAAGGUCGAUGGCCUGGGUGUAGAUAUGGAGGACUGUGAAUCCCCCUCUGGCACUCUAGUCCUCGGUCGAGUUGAAUACACAGUGGCCAUCCAAAAUACCGAAACCGGAGAUCCGAUCUGCACGCUCAAAUACUCAGAAUGGACAGCCAACAACCGUGAUAUAGAUCUUCAGAGCCAGUAUAUUCGUACAAUGGAUGAAAGCCAUAUAUACAGCAUGCAUGACGGUGUGGUUCUGGGCUUUGAUCAUUCUCGAAUGGACCGACCACGAUACACCCAGCGAUUCUCGAGCCCUGUGGUCCGCGUCUUCGAUGUUGCUCGCCCUAUCGGUGUUGACUCAUCCACCCAGCCUACUCAUCUCAUCGUGCUCUCUCAACCUUUACAGCCCCCUGACCCCGAUUAUGGUUCGCUCGACGAUCGUGACGACCGAGUAUUCAUCGAUUGUACUGAGGGAGGUGGCUGGUAUGCGAUGUCGGAGGAGACAUAUCCGCUUGUUACUGGAAGGGCCAAGAUGGCCCAAUGCUAUGAGAAAGACUACCUCCGCCAUGGUCAGCCGCUGACAAGUUUGAACAUGAGGCAACAACAAGAUGCAUUGGCCGGUGUACAUUCUCUGAAUAGCCCUCGAAUCAUCCGUCGUCAUAUCCCCAGUAUUUCCGGCUCUUCUUCUGUCGAUCCAGCUGAUGACACGCCUCGGGAGUUGAUAUACAGUUCGUCGGACCUGGCCCUUCCCCCUGCUCUACGACACAGCACCAUCAUUCGCAAGGGCUGGGAUAAUGCCGUUGACAUUUUCGUGACACUCAUACUGCUCUUUUUUGGCACUUUCAUAUGGUUCAAUUCGCAUCACAUUCAGGAACUUGCCAAGCAGAAGCUGGAUCUGAAAAAUAUCAUGGCAUCGUAUGGCCAGCCACCUCUGUCUACCCCAUCGACUCCGAUUGUGGAAGGCCCUCACCUGAACCGCGACAUUGGCCCUAACCACUCCCUAGCAAACAUGACCAUCGACGUCAAUGUUGCAGAAGAGCAGCACCAGGCUCGUGAUACAACGCCAAGGCCCAAGAAAUCCCAGAACUCCCUUGCCCCCGACACAACCCCACGAGUACGCAUCCGGGAACCAUCAGAAGCCCCAGACGCUGACGACGAUAUCGACGACCUCAACCUGCAGGAUGGCGAUAAACCGAAGAAAAAGGCUCGCCGUGGCCGUCGUGGUGGGAAGAACCACAGACGAGGCAAGAAGCCUGGCGACAGUGAAUCCAGAGACCCCGUUGAUCGCGUUGCUGAUGAAGUCACUCACCAACCUCCGUCUCGCCUGGAACCUGGUGUACAAUUAACUCGCACUGUGUCGCAUGAGAUCCUGGAGAUGGAUGGCGUUGUUCAAAUUGGUCGUCUGAGGGUAUUCACCGACCGUGUUCUCGGUCAUGGAAGUCAUGGAACUGUGGUGUACCAGGGCUCAUUUGAUGGGCGAGACGUGGCCGUCAAGCGCAUGCUGGUGGAAUUUUACGAUAUCGCAUCCCAUGAAGUCGGUCUGUUGCAAGAGAGUGACGACCACGGUAAUGUCAUCCGGUAUUACUGCCGGGAGCAGGCAGCUGGUUUCCUUUAUAUCGCUCUGGAGUUGUGCCCAGCCUCGUUGCAGGAUGUCGUUGAACGUCCUUCAGAUUUUCCCCUGUUGGUUCAAGGUGGCUUGAAUAUGCCUGACGUUCUGCGCCAAAUCAUGGCGGGUGUUCGGUACCUCCAUUCGCUGAAGAUUGUGCACCGCGAUCUGAAGCCACAGAACAUUCUGGCGGCAAUGCCUCGGGGACGUACGGGUUCCGGCUCUUUACGGCUGUUGAUCUCGGAUUUCGGCUUGUGCAAGAAACUUGAGGAUAAUCAAAGCUCAUUCCGCGCAACCACGGCACACGCAGCUGGUACCUCCGGUUGGCGGGCUCCCGAGUUGCUGGUCGACGAUGACAUGAGCCCGGCCAUGCAGGGCAGUGAGUCGCAGCACACGGAAUCAUCUGAACCCGCCGUCGUGGACCCUCAGACGAACCGGCGAGCAACCCGGGCCAUCGACAUCUUCUCUCUGGGCUGUGUUUUCUACUAUGUUCUCACGCGAGGCUGCCAUCCCUUUGACAAGAAUGGCAAGUUCAUGCGCGAGGCCAAUAUCGUCAAGGGCAACUACAACCUCGAUGAGCUGCAGCGUCUGGGCGAUUACGCCUACGAGGCCGAAGACCUGAUUCAGUCGAUGUUGUCGCUGGAUCCUCGGAAACGGCCCGAUGCGAGCGCCGUUCUGACACACCCGUUCUUCUGGCCUCCAUCCGAUCGUCUUAGUUUCCUUUGCGACGUCUCGGAUCACUUUGAAUUUGAACCACGGGACCCUCCGUCCGACGCCCUGCUGACACUCGAGUCGGUGGCCCAGCGGGUGAUGGGCCCGGACAUGGACUUCCUGCGACUGCUCCCCCGCGACUUCAAGGACAACCUCGGAAAGCAGCGCAAGUACACCGGAUCGAAGAUGCUAGACUUGCUACGAGCCCUGCGGAACAAACGCAACCAUUACAAUGAUAUGCCCGAGCAUCUCAAAGCCCAUAUCGGGGGGUUGCCUGAGGGGUACCUCAAUUUCUGGACCGUCCGUUUCCCGAGUCUCUUGAUGAGCUGCCACUCGGUCAUUGUGGAACUGCGCCUGACCCGGACGGAUCGGUUCAAGCGCUAUUUCACUGCAACUGAUUAGGUACUGGACAGCUGUGAGCCAUUUCCGUGUAUAUAUGAUGUAUGUAGAUGUUGAGACGGCCGUUUAAUAUACAAACUUCUGGGUGCUACCAUGGAGAACUCCAAGUUGGGAAGUCCGGAGAAGACGAACCAGGUAAGUGGAGCGAAGCACACAAUGCAAGCAUAACUAUGUAAACAUAUGGCAAGCGGUGUCAUGCGUGAUCCGUCGAGUCACGUCUUAUUCUAUUAAUGUAAUGGAACC